AUGCCGAGGUCUUUCUUGGUGAAGAGUAAACGGGCCCACAGCUACCACCAGCCCCGAUACCUGGAUGACGUCUACAUCGGCCUGGAUGCGCUCCUGGCUCACAUCAGCGCGGAGACAAAAUGUCAAGUGGUGUCGAGCCUGGAGGCCGAGACCACGGACAGGCUGCCCCCGGGGCGCCAGCUCCUGUCUCCGGGUUCACUGCCGUCCAGCUCGCCGCUGAGCUACGGAGCGAGUGACCGAGCUUCGGACUCUGAUUUGUGGCGUCCUCCGUCUCCGUCCUCGCCAGAUUUAGAGGAAUGCUCCACACCCACAGUGGAGGACGGCCACCACUUCAACAUGUCCGUCUUCCCCGCUUACUCCUGGUCCUCCUACCCCGCUUCAGACCUGAGGCACACGAUACCAGCUCCGUACCACCGACGCCUGCACCAGCUGGACCUGGAGCAGGGCCACGCGGAACCUCGGACCAAAGGGUGCUACCAGGACUGCUCAGCUCCGAUCCAAAUCCAACAGAUUUGCGGGAUGAGGAACGCGGACAUGUUUGGGGACAUAAAACAGAAGCAAUGUAGGUCUGAAAUCAUCAAGCGUGAAGAUGAGUUCAUGUGCUUCAACCAGCUCGAUCCUGACGGCUCCUACAAGUGCAUCAAGUGUUAUAAGGUCUUCUCCACGCCCCACGGCCUGGAGGUCCACGUAAGGCGGUCGCACAGUGGGACGCGUCCGUUCGAGUGUGGGAUUUGCGGCAAAACCUUCGGCCACGCGGUCAGCCUGGACCAACACAGGGCGGUCCACUCGCAGGAUAGAAGCUUCAGCUGCAAAAUCUGUGGGAAAAGCUUCAAGCGCUCAUCCACACUGUCCACGCACCUUCUAAUCCACUCGGACACGCGGCCGUAUCCGUGCCAGUACUGCGGGAAGAGGUUCCAUCAGAAGUCGGACAUGAAAAAGCACACGUUCAUCCACACAGGCGAGAAACCGCACAAGUGCCAAGUGUGCGGCAAAGCCUUCAGCCAGAGCUCCAACCUGAUCACGCACAGCAGGAAACACACAGGAUUCAAGCCGUUCGGCUGCGAUCUAUGCGGGAAAGGCUUCCAGAGGAAAGUGGACCUGAGGAGGCACAAGGAGACCCAGCACGGACUCAAAUAA